CUUGGGGGGAUCUGGAGGGACCGGCUGCCUUCUGCACCGCCAGGGAGGUGGGACAGAUAAAUUACCAGCUGUCAGGGAAGGGGCACUGUCCACGUGGGCAAAGUGAGGCACACUCGAUUAAAAGAGAGAAAAAACAAAGCCGGGGGAAGGGAAGAUGGAGGAAGCAGAAGAGGAUGACAUGGCGAGCGGAGACUUGGGAGACUGACUGGGGAGAAGACCCAGAGCUGCGUACAAUGGGGAAAAUGCACUAAACUAUUCGUUUAGAUCAAGGAAGGGAUCUGGAAAGGCUUGCAAUAGUUUCUUGUCAACAAAGAGAGUGGAAGAAAAUGAAGCUGCUCUUCCUUGCUCCAAGAGAAACAGCUUUUACAACAGAUCAUCCAAAAACCCUAUUACUAGUUUGACCCAAGAAAAGAGCUGCGAAUCCAGUACUGAAGUGUCAAAUGAAGAACUAAAGCAACAACUUCAAGAAGCUCUAGAGGAAGUUGAAAUUUUGAAAGUUGAGCUUGAAGCUUCUCAAAGACAGCUUGAAGGAAAAGAUGAAGCCCUAAGAAUUCUGCAGAGCAAGGCAAUAUUUAAUAAAGUCACAAGUCAUACAAAAGCAAUGCUUCAAAAAACUGAGGAAGAAAAGAGAACUUUAGAAAACGAAAUAAAUAUUUUGCAAUGGGAAAUUGAAUUUGAUCAGGAUAGAUUUAAAAACAUCGAAGAUAAAUGGACAGAAAAAUAUGACUGGAUAUAUUGUGAAAAUGCAGCUCUUAAGGAAGCAUUGAAACUGAGAACUGAGGAAGUUAAAACUCCUAAGUCUGAAAAUGCAAUCCUUAAUCAGCAGUGCUUGGAAAUUCUUGCAGUGCUGGAUGUGAACAAACAGAAGGUUGUUCAGGAAAACAUGUCCCCGAAUAGAAGCGACAUCACAGAUAUUACCGGUCUUGAACUGGCAGUUCUUGGAGCUUGCACCUGCAAUACUUCUGGGGGGCAGCGUUGUUCCUGUGCUAAAACGGCAGCUGUCACUCAAAAACAACUUCUUCAUCUCAAGCAAGAGAUCGAACUUCUGAAGAAGUGUAAAGAUGAAGCUUAUAUAGUGGCAGAUGCCUUCAGAAUUGCAUUCGAACAGCAGUUAAUGCAGCAAAAGGACCUAGCUCUGAGGCUUGCAGAAGUAAUGAAGAUUAAAAAGGAAACAAAAUUUAUAAACUGGAAACGUCUGAAGGAGGAUGGGUCUGUCACGUUACAAGGGAACAAGAAUAAUCUGAGACAGAAAUUACCAAGCCUGCUCUCAUCAGAUGUGGACAGCAGGAAAGUUGAAGAACUCGACAACCCUCAUGAAAGAAAUCCUGAAGAGAUUAAUAGAUUUGUUAAAUGACAAAGAGGGGGCCUUGGCUCAUCAGAGAAAGGUUAGUUACAUGCUAGCCCGCGUAAUAUGCUAGCCUGUUAGUUACAUGCUAG